UUUUCUUCCUAUAACUUUCUUAGAGACAUUAUGUAGCUAAUAGCUUGAGCUGAUUAACGCCUUAGCGUCUCUUACUGUGAAUACUAGUGAGGAUCAGCUUUCAUUUAAUUAGAUGAGGUAAAGCAGAGGGCUUGGAGGGAGACAGGUAGAUCUUUAUCAGAUGGAUGGAAGCUUAUUGUUUCAAAUCCUUGCUGUCACAGAACAUUUCCUGGCCAGGAUCUGCAUGCAUGGCAUGCCAUUCAUAUGCUAAUUUACAGGCAUUUUGCCUCUUCUCACCUGGCUGGGCAGUGUUGAUACAGGAUUGAAGAAUUACUCGGGGAAACCUUCACCAAAGAGUGAGGCUGGGUGGGUGAACAGAGGGACCAGAUGAACAAGUUUUUCUCUAGAGAGGAACUUCUUGUAGCUGUCCUUUGGUUCCAUAGUUUGUUCUGUUUUGUGUAAGCAAAAAGCAGUUUGUUGGCAUGACGUGCAUCAGGAAAAACACAGUGAACCUUUAAGGGAAGUGAGCUGUAGUGACAUCUGAUAAUACAGAUGGCAGAUUAAUACACAGUUCUGUCCUGUUUGAACCUCAGCUUCUUGUCAUGGGCCACAGUUCUUAAAAACAGCUUAAUACAGUGAGGAAGUACUGGAGUAUAGGUUUAGGAUCUUGAUUCUCAGUCAUCCGCCUAUUGAUAUUAAAAACGGCUUGUAUUUAUGUAACAGAGGACACUGGAUGCUGUUCUGGCAGUACAAUACGGAAGGAGCUUUUCUUGGCCCAGAGGGGACAGACAUUUAGUAUUAUGGUAAGAGGUGUGUAUCAAGUUCAGGAAAGGGCUAAUAAUGGAAAAAUCUCUGAUACUUUUUUAAUCUAGUUUUGGAAGAAUGAAACAUAAUCUCCAGCUGGUUGGUCUCUUGUUCUUCAUUCCUGCUCACAAGUUCUGAUGUUUGGAGUUUUAUUUGAGCAAACAUGCAAUUUCAAAAAAAAUUCUUGUAGAGUGGUCCAAUGUGCGUGACAAAGAUGGUCAGAAAAUGUUAAAAGGGGUGAAAUUUUAGCAACAUCACAAUGUGUGAAGGGUGUGACAGUGUAAAUGAUUUUCUUAGGUGUCCUGGGAAACUGAACUGAGUGAAAUCAGUAUUUUUUUUAAUCAGACCUGUGAGAUGCCUUUUUGACUGUGAAAGUCUGUUCUCUCUCGUACAAUCUCUUGAGCAUCUUCCUGGGAUUACGGAGCAAUUAAACUGCGUUUUGGGAGCGCUUUGUGACGCUGCAGUGCACUUUCUUGCUUUGGCUGAAAACGCCUGUGUCGAUUUGUGUUGCACACCAGCACAGUUGCACACCACCGUGGAACGCCCGGGCAGCCGGGUGAUGAGCAGCGCCCACACUAUCGCCUUGUUCCCUGCCACAGUCUGGUGUCCCUGGGGUCUUGCCCGGCGGCUCCUCGGGAAGCUUAGCAGUGAUGCCGGCAUCUCCCUGCUCCCGGUGCCCGACAGCGCCUGGGUGCCCUCCGGGGCAGAGCCCUUCCCUGGACUGCGGGCCCCCGCUGCCGCCGGGUUGCGCUCCCUUCCGCUUUCUCUUCCUUUUCGUUUCUCCUGCCCUGGCUCCUCCUCCGAAGGGGGCCGGGGCCCUGCGGGGAGGCAGCCGCUUCGGAGGGCCAGUGGCUGGGAGGGGAGGCGGGGGAGGGCCCCGCGCCGCUUCCUUAAGGCGAGGGCCGGCCGGCAGCGAGCGGCAGCGCCUGCAGGGCCGGCGGGGUGCCCUGCCCGGCUGGGAGGGCGGGCGAGCAUCGCGUCCGGGCGAGGGGGAGCGAAAAGCCGGGAAGGAGGAGAGGGCGCUGGGCGGCAUCAGGUUGCUCUGUACAAAUCGGUACCAACUCGACUGCUCUCACGAGCCUGGGGUCGCCUGAACCAGGUGGAGCUGCCUACAUGGCUCCGGAAGCCUGUUUACAGCCUGUACAUCUGGACGUUUGGAGUGAACAUGAAGGAGGCAGCUGUGGAAGACCUGCAUCACUAUAGAAACCUCAGCGAGUUCUUCCGCAGGAAGCUGAAGCCACAAGCACGACCAGUCUGCUGUUUGCACAGUGUGAUUAGUCCCUCUGAUGGAAAGAUCCUUAAUUUUGGACAGGUAAAAAACUGUGAGGUGGAGCAAGUAAAAGGGGUUACUUAUUCUCUGGAAUCUUUCUUGGGACCUCGCAUCUGCACAGAGGAACUGCAUUUUAGCCAGGCCCCACCUGGUAACUCUUUUCAGCAACAACUGGUCACAAAAGAGGGGAAUGAGCUCUAUCACUGUGUGAUCUACCUUGCACCAGGGGAUUAUCACUGCUUCCACUCCCCCACUGACUGGAGAGUGUCACACCGACGUCACUUCCCAGGCUCUCUGAUGUCUGUGAAUCCUGGAGUUGCUCGCUGGAUCAAGGAACUGUUCUGCCACAACGAACGGGUUGUCCUUACGGGUGACUGGAAACAUGGCUUUUUCUCUUUAACAGCUGUAGGAGCAACAAACGUGGGCUCCAUCCGCAUCUACUUUGACCGGGACCUGCAUACCAACAGUCCACGCUACUCUAAAGGUUCCUACAAUGACUUCAGCUUCAUAUCCAACAACAACAAGGAGGGAAUCCCCAUGAGGAAAGGGGAACAUUUAGGGGAAUUUAACUUAGGCUCUACGAUUGUACUGAUCUUUGAGGCACCCAAGGACUUCAAAUUCCACCUUAAAGCCGGACAGAAAAUCCGCUUUGGAGAAGCACUGGGCUCUCUAUAGAAGAAGGUUUUCUAUACAAAGGGACUCUUACCACACCACUGAGUGUUUCACUUAAAAAAGUUAUGUAUCACUCAGCAGGACCUGGGUGAGGAAAACAGACAUCAUUGCUAUGUUUAACUUGAAGUAUUUGGUCUACAUGUACAUGCUGCUGAAUGCAGAAAAAGAAUUGAAAGACCAGAGAUGUAUCAGGUACAGCUGCCUUUGGAGAUGUUGAAUUUGGAGGUUUCUGUCCUACCCUGUGCCUGUAGUCUUUCAUGUUCUCCCCUCGCUGUGCCACAGGAUAAUUAUGUUCUUAGAGCCUGUAAGUCCCUUUUAAGCCUUCCUAGGCUGUGCAGGUGCAAUGGGGAAGGGUGGAGGUAGAGACUGGCUGUAUUUAAAGGGCCAUUGACAGGCUGAGUCAGACCUUGCACCUUAUAUCUGCAAUAUCUGUUUUUCAGACCUUGAGUAAAGAAUGUGUUCUCAUAUUUAUUUUAUUCCAAGUGUCUCUGCUGAAGUUCUUACAUAAAGGCAGCCUGUGAAUGCAUAGAGCGCCAAACAGUUAAAUGGGCUAGUAUGGCUUCACAGUCCGAACUAAGCAAAGUGUACCACAGACAGCAUCCGUACAAUAACUUACACUCAUCCAGGUUUUCUACCGUUAGGCAACUUUAAUUCUUUUACCUGACACUGUCCCUUUAAAAAUUGACUUGACAGUGUGUUUUAAACCUGAAAACACUGUGUCUACAUUCCAUAUGAUAAAACUGGUCAUCCUGGGAUUGUCUUAAAAAAAAAAAAAAAAAAAGGCAGACAAAGCUGUGCAUCCUAUUCCUAAUUCAUGGUUUUAUCUUGUUAUUCCAGGCCUUAAAGAUUUUGUUUGUAAUAGAGACAGUUACUUCACCUCUUGGAUUAAAGGGUUAGAAGAGAGGGGGAAUGUUUUUCUUGCAUGAUGCAAUGAGAUGGUAGCCAAAAUAUGUUUUUACUUUCUGCAAUAUCACCGUUGUUGCUUUGUCGCUAAAUUAUUGAAGAAUUAAUUACUCUAUUUACAGAACAGUUUCAGAUACUACAGGACCAAUUUUUAUUGCACGGAGUGAAAUGCCCUAUGCAUUGACUGUGUGUAAAACUUACAGAUCUUUGAAGCAAUCCCAGGUUGCCUCCCAGGUGCCAACCUGGCCAUCCUAUAACGGACUGGCAACAAUUUCAUCUCAUUCAAAAUACAAACACCCCACCCCCCCACUGGCUCUGACUUCUGCCCACAUACUUAAUGCUAGGAGUGUGCUGAAGCUUCAUCCUACAGCAAAACCUUAGAGCUUCUUUGUAACUUCACAUCAAGAAGAGUUAAAAUUGACACCUCGGAUUUGUUGAAUGUGGCACUACAUGGCACUAACAGGGACUGGUGCCAAAGUAAAGGAGAGGAAUUAAGUUUUAAAGCAAUGUAUCAAUUGUUUUUAGAGAAUAAACUGUUUCAAGACCAGGCACUCAAACAUUUAGGACUGAUUUUGCUGUCCAGAGCUUGUUGGAGUGGACAUGCUUAUGAAACCUGCCUUUCUGCUCUCUGAAAGAUUUCUCAUGCUACUUCCUUGCUUGAGCCUUGGGUGUUUUUUUCUGCUACUUCAAGGAGAUGGUAGGCUUUAACCAGCUCUGAUUUCUUAAAGAAAAAAACUUAAUCUUUUUUGUAUGCACUGCAGAAAAUAGAAUAUAAUUUUGUUGUACAAAUGUCCAGUUUGCCAAGUCCUGUAUGCUUAGCUUGUCAUCAGGAAGAAGAGAUGAUAAACCGCCUCGAAGUGAUGUAGCCCAGCCAUGACUCAGAUGAUGGUGGCUGUUUGGGUGACAAGCAGGAGAAAAUUCAUUUGGCUCCGAGAGUCAGUUUCCACACUUUGCACAGUGGAGGAGUUUGAAAGCUUGAAGUGGCUCUCAGCCACCUAUCUUGUUCAGCUUCUUGGUAUUAGCAAGUUUACUCCUGCAGCAGUAUAUUGCCAUAUACAGGUUAUAGAAAUGUGCACUUUUUUAAACCAGUGAGAGUAAGAAAAGACUAAGGCAAACAUCAAUCCCAAGAGGAUAAAGCUAUGACUAGACUUUAGACUUAACUUCAAUGUCAUGUUAACAGUAGAAAGCAAAUUUUUUCCAGUGGAUGAGAGAAAAGACUGAAUCUUUUCACCCUUUUCCACUGGGGCCUAUGGCAUCCAGACACAGCCAAAGCAACUUCAAGCUUUAAUUUCUUCCUACCCAGCAUCAUCAUCCACAGUAUCUGAAGGUUAUUGUUAGCCUAGUAAUGGAUGAUGGGUUACCAGAUGUUUGCUUUAUUAGAAAUCUAAGGAGGAAAAGAUUCAGCAUGGAAGUGGCUGGUUUUGUGAUGGUCUUAAUACUGUGCAGAGCUAGCUGAUUAACAAACAUUACUUGUUCUGCAGCGGUCAGCAAUGCGCCCUGGAAGUGAAAGCCAAGUUCCUAGAGGGUACUGAUAAUGCUGUGAAUUUCUCCUGCACGGAGAAUCCAUUUAAUUCAACUGUAUCAGUAGCACAGUAUUUUUGUAUGUCAAAGUGUAUGACUUACUGACAUGAACUCAUUUAAUUGCAAACAUUUUGAAAUAAAGAGUCUUAUCAGCAUU